AUGUCAGCAGCGUCGUGUCUCGCCCAUGGUCGACUUUCUACAGGCUCUUCCUUCGGAUAGCAGCUCAGGGACACGCCCGCACCCUACCCCUGAAAUUCCAAACAAAGCCUCGAACGACAACACAGCGUACAGAUAUUCUCCCAACGACGGGCAACCCAACGCAGCGGAAGGUUAGACUCCAGAACUCACCGGCUAUGUGCCAAGCGCCUUCUGUGGAGGCUGUCAGGAGCCUACUUGGACCGGUUAUUACCGCGGACGUCAGCGUCCGGAAAGUCCAGGCCGUCUCGUCGCUCGGCCCACGGAGAACCUACCGAGUCGUUCUAUCCGACGGCCGGUCACUGCAGCUUGUCCUGCUUUCGCGCGCCCUGUGGCGACCCCUGAGAUCCGAGCAGGACAUGGUAGCAUCCGAGGCCGCCGCGGUGCGGUGGAUGAGAGAGGCCGUCGCCGAUCGCUCGCCGGCAGACUCGGACCUCAGCGCCUUCUUACUCCCGCUCCUGCCAGUUCUGCUCCACCAAGGUCAGGAAACCGAUUUUCCGGGCGCCUCCUUCGCAGUCCACGAUCCCGUCGAGGGCACACCGCUCGCUUUGCUUCCUCAGCCUCCCACGCCCGCUUCCCUUGCAGACGUCGACCACCAAGUUGGCACGCUGGUCCGGCAGCUAGCGCGUCUGACCUCUCCCACCGGUCGUUUCGGGCCCCUGGCGGCCGUCAUCGGCUCUAGAAGCACACCUAGUCCCCUAUCCAAAACGGGAGCAGAGGUAGCAGCGGCGGCCAACAUGCUAGAAGGCGGGCUAUCGGCAACCGGGGGCGCGGGCACAUGGUCCAUGGCGUUUCACUCCAUGCUGGAAGGCGUGCUGAGGGACGGGGAGGACAUGGGAAUUGUGAUGGGGUACUGGACCAUACGGAAGACCUUCCGGCGUUUGAGGUACAUCCUAGACGAGGUAACUGUGCCGAGAUUGGUUGCGGUGGAAGUUGGCGGGAAGGGGAAUGUGCUCGUUGAGGAGGCGGUUCCAGCAGAUGGCGCGAAAGGAGGAAAGGGCAGGGGGGAAGCUGUGCCAGAACCGGAGGAUGAAGAGAAGAUACAAAAAGCAGAGCAACAAACGGAGACGGAAGAGACUGAGAGGGAUGCCCCCCGGCGACUAAAACUCACGGGCCUUCGCGACUGGAGCAGCUGCGUCUUCGGCGACCCCUUACUCGCGACCCUCUUUAGCGACCGGCAGCAACACCCGCCGUCAACUGAUUUCCUGAGGGGAUUCAACGGCAAGGGCAUCGAACACACGCCAACCCGAGAACGGCCGAUUCCACUGGACGGAUCCAUCAUCGAAGACGUCGGCACAGCCUGGAUCAGGCUGCUCCUCUACCAGGUCUACCACGCCGUUGUGCGCAUUGUGAGCGAGUUCUAUCGGCCACGGCAAGACAGCAGUGCCCGCGAGUUGGCGGCAAGGAAAGAGCUGAACGAGGCGCUAGCACGGCUUGCCGAGGUGCCCGACGAUGCCAAAAAGAAACACCAGAGGCCAAGCGGGGAGAUGUCUCCUGCUAAGAGAAUAAAGGCGGAUGAAAGAUGAAUGCAUAUGUUCGUCACGGA